GGCCGCUUAAUUUGCUAAAAAAGUCCACAACCUUCUCUUCUUCUUCUUCUUCUUCAUAUCCCUGCACCCGAUUCCACCGGCGCCGUCUAGUUUACUACCCUAUUUUGCCGCCGACUGCCGUACUAUCAGCUUUGUCUGUGCAGUCAAUUCAUUCGUUAGCCGCUGAUCGAUAGAGAUAUCGUCUUCAUCUGCGUUUUUGUGAGCAGAAUGGGGAAGCGAAAGAAAGGUUUCACAGAACCAAAAACACCGCCUAAAAAGGGAUGUAAAGUGUGUGAAGAAGCUGAAUCUAAGUACAAGUGCCCUGCCUGUCUCAUACCGUAUUGUUCGCUCGUCUGUUUUAAGAAACACAAAGAAAUAUCAUGUGUCAAACCAGUUCCUGCCCCUGAGAACGACACAACAAGCACAAUUCUUCCACCAGUUGAUGUUGAUAGAGCAUGUUAUGUUGAUGAUAUCAGUGAUGUGUUGCCACAUUCCCAACUUGAGUGCAUAGCUUUGUCGAACGAAAUCCGUGAUGCUAUGAAAGGCAAAGAGCUACAGGAACUCAUACGCAACAUAGAUUGUUCCGCUGACGCUGAAGCCGAACUUGAUAAAGCAAUGAAACAGGAAGAGUUUCGCUUGUUCACUGAGAAGAUUUUGCGGAUGGUAAAUCAACCCGAAAAUCAGCGGAUAUAGGUAUAUGAAGCCAUGUUGGCCCUUGGGAAGCUAUGAAUUCUGUUAUUAGCAUUGAAAUUGUUAGUGGUUUGUGUAAGAUCUAUUUUGGAGUUGUAUAAUGGAAUGAUUUUCCUUAUGGUUUUUCUUCUUCAA